CACGCAGACCCUUUGCGGAAGGGGGCCACGACCACGGGGGCCACUGUACGGUGAAGUAGGGGUCCGCUCGUCGACCGCAGCAGAAGAACAAGCAAAAGCCCCGAGUGAGACUGCCCAGAAGACGGCAUGCAACAUGCACACUGCUUGUACUCAUCCUGCGAUGGUCAUCUGGCAGUGCACCGAAACUGGCGGGCCCGACCACGGCUCGACCAGGAGUCAUAGGUUAAAUGCUUGCUCGUCGACGCGGGUUGUGCGCGCGGAAAUCGCAUCCCCGAUGCUAGACUGCGUACUCGAUCACGGCGACGCCGUUGUCAUCGACAAUGGCUCGCAUUCAUUCAAAGUAGGAUACUGUGGGGAAGACCUGCCUCGCAGCGUGGUCCCGGCCUUGAAGGUUACCAUUCAGAGAAGGCGCGACUCCGAAGAUGAUGGGCCUGCGGAGGACAGGCCACAAGUCACAACGGAGGUGCUACUUGGCAAAGACGCGUGGAAAGCUCAUGACCCAGAACGGAUAGUGACGACGCCGAUAAAGCAUGGAAUGAUUGUGGAUAAAGAGGCACUAGAAGAGCUCUGGGAACCUAUUCUGGAGAAUCAUGCCCAAACAGAUGCGAACAACCUUACUAUGCUCGCCACGUAUCCGCCGCUGACCCCGCCUGUUACGCUAGAGUGGAUGGUGGAAGUGCUCUUCGAGAAAUUUCAUUGCCAGCGUCUCGCGCUGAUGCCGCCAGGGCCGCUCUCUUUGUUUUCUACAGGGCGCUCUCGAGGCCUCGUCGUGGAAAUUGGAGAGAGUAUUACCAGCGCUACACCGGUUUUCGAAGGGUUCCCACUUGCUUAUUCUACCUUCAGAAUGUUCCGGGCUGGCGGCGCCGUGAGUACGGCUCUCAGUCAGAUCCUUCGACAGACCCCGUCGCUCCAUGGCUCCCUGUACUUCAGUAAUGCUGAAGUGAAGGAAGAGAUGAAGCACAAACUAUGUUCCGUGGCAGUGCCGGAUCUACAUACUCAGCUGCGGAGCGCGGAUACGUCAACCUUUGAGGACCGGGCCUUCCAACUCCCGGACGGUUCAGUGAUAGAAGUCAAUCAAAGGCUCCGGUACGAGCCGGCAGAGGUCCUUUUUGAUUCGACGAUACUAGCGGAAGAUUUAUCGUCGGUGCCAGAUGUUCCUCGGCUGCUUCAAAGUGAGCUGCGCAGCAGGGAGACGCUACAAGGCCUUGUCUACGCAGCCAUAUCCGCCACCGACACGGAAUUUCAGACGGACAUGAAACAAAACGUUGUCCUAGCAGGUGGCUCCUCGCUUCUCCGGGGCCUGUCUGACAGGCUGCUAGGCGAGCUGUUUGUGUUUCGAACAGGCGGAUUCGAAUCCCUACAAUAUAAUUGCAGAUAG